CACAUUUAUUCAGCAAUAAAAUACACAGUUCGUUAUUAAUUAGCUUUUUUAAAUCCCUGGAUCUGUAAAAUAUAACAGUUUUUUAAAAAUGAUGAUCACUGUUAUAGUUUUAUUGUUACAUUUUAUCUGCACAACAGUUUUAAAACUCAUAUGUCCAGGUUGUUAUAUUUGAGACUUUUUGGCAUUCUUGCUUGAAAAGCAACUUGUGAUUAUUAAUGUAUUUGUAGAACUCGUAGAAUUUGAAGACAAAGUUAGAAAGGCAAGGUUGAGAUGAUUUGGGCAUGUGCAGAGGAAGAAUAGUGAAUAGGUUGGAGAUGAAAGAUGGACCUCCCAGGUGAGCAGAUUGCAUGCAGAGGGUUGGAGUGACAAGAGAGGUUGCUAAGGGUUGGAUGUGAUGGAGGCAAUCGGAAAAUGAUGUUGAAGAUAUUUGUGGAACCAUAUUUCAAUUUGAUCAGUUUUAAUCAGCCUGUUGGUUGAGCUUUGUUUAGUUUCUUGGGUAAUGAUUUAAGCCUAAACUCACUCUAAUUCAGGCUCUAAAGUGGCCUGUGUUUGUGAAGUUCAGGCUCAGUUGGUCAUGUUUUGGCAGUGGAUCUGUUUUUUGGAUGUGCUGCUGCAGUGCUACACGUGUGUGUGCGUGUCUGUGUAUACACACAUAGAUACUGCUUUUCUAAUCUGUGUCUGCACAAUUGUUCCCAAUGUUUGCACUAAGGCAGCUGAGUCAGUACAGAUAAGAGCUUGGUUUCAGAGAGGGUCCCAUAGAUAGUGUGUUUGAUACUGAGGAUGUUAGAGGAAAUUCACUUAGAAUUCCCCCUCAAACUGAAUUUAACCAUGUGGAAUGCACUGAUUCACAGUUUAAAUAUUGGAAUGUUCAUAAACUAUAUGCUGCUCUUUUUCAAAAACAGUAGGUCUGCAACAUUGAAAUAUCUUCUAACACGUGCUAAAAAUGCAAAUAAACAGAACUUCUGAUCUUUCAUAGCUUGGCCAACAUUCCUCUGACCCCAGAAACAGCCCGGGACCAAGAGAGGCGAAUCCGCAGAGAGAUCGCCAACAGCAACGAGCGUCGGCGUAUGCAGAGCAUCAAUGCUGGAUUCCAGUCACUUAAAACACUCAUCCCACACAGCGAUGGAGAGAAACUCAGCAAGGCUGCCAUCCUGCAACAGACGGCAGAGUACAUUUUUACUUUGGAGCAGGAGAAGACACGUUUAUUGCAGCAGAACAGUCAGCUCAAACGAAUCAUACAGGAGUUAAGUGGUUCCUCCCCCAAGAGGAGGCGUGCAGAGGAGAAAGAUGAAGGGAUUGGCUCACCAGACAUCCUGGAGGAGGAGAAGACCGAGGACUUAAGAAGGGAGAUGAUCGAGUUGAGACAGCAGCUGGAGAAAGAACGUUCAGCCAGGAUGAAUCUGGAAGAACAGAUGCGGUCCCUGGAUGCCCAGUUGUACCCAGAGAAGCUGAAGGCAAUCACCCAGCAGUUCCAGGAGCAGCAGGCCCAAACGCAGAGCCUUGUCCAUCUGCAGCAGCACAAACAGCUGGAGAGGGACCUCACUCCAGCCCACAGCCCACAGGUGUUGGCCCCUGCUACUCCCCCAGCACCUACACACCACGCUACAGUCAUUGUUCCUGCACCUGUCCAGACUCCUCAGUCCCACCAUGUUACUGUGGUAACCAUGGGCCCAGCAUCAGUUAUCAACACAGUUUCCACAUCUCGACAGAACCUGGAUACCAUCGUUCAGGCAAUCCAGCACAUUGAGGGCACCCAGGGGAAGGGUGGCGCCGGGGAGGAAGAGCAGAGGAGGGCGGUCAUCGUCACUUCAGGACGUGUCCUCUCUGACGCGGCAGGCUCAGACACAGCCUCAAACAGCGACGGGCCGGAUGACUGUUCACUGCCUUGAGUUCAUCCCUGACAUCUUACGUACCAUACACUCACAUGCACGCACACACCUAGACACAAGCCCAAAGCAGAGCAGGGCUACGGGAGCCUACAAACUCACAGCGCUCUUGUUCAGUGAAAAGUCUGCUAGUUAGAUUGAAGCACUUGUUGUUUUGUUUUCUUUAUCAAUACAAGUCAUGUUGUACCGUGAUAGGCAGCCCUUAUGGUUUACACUUAGACACUCAUACAUGCAGUCUCUUCUGUUUUUUUUCCUUUCCUCUGCUUAUGUCUAGCGCCGAUCCUUCAUUCACUCACUUACACAAGCUUUCUUCGUUAAACUAUAGAAAGACAAAUAGAGCGACUACUUCACUGACUAUAAAUGCUCUGUUUUACUGGAUACUAGAACUUUCAAAUGUCAACUAAACAUUUCCAUUAACUACCAGGACUGUUAUCUCUCUGUGCGGCCCUGAAGCCGAAAAAGGAGACAAAGUCAAUGAAGAGCCCAUUGGUGUGGCAUCACCACCCCCACACCAGAGCAAUUUUUUUUUUCCCCCCCUAAGCUGAACAUCCUUUAAACCUCCCUCGGUUCCCGAUCCAACUGAGCUGUAUGGAGAGACACUGUGAGCUAAAAAAAAAAGACUGUCCUAAAGUUCCACCUUCUAGGCUUUGUGUUGAGAGAAUGUGUUAUUUUACUUUUGUGAAGUCUACCUUUUCAUGCUGUGUUUCUCUUAAGAUUCCUCUAACAACAGGUUGAUGAGAAUUUCAAAGCUGUUUUUCUUGGCUGACUGGUGCUCACAGGAAAUGAAGCGAAGCUCGAAAAGAGAGUGCACUUACUGGUUCAAACUCUAUUUUAUUUUUCUUCUCAUGUUGUUUGUUUGUUGCCAUUUUUGCUGGGCUGGGAUCCCAGUAAACCCACAUAUCUUGACCCACAUGGCUUAUUCUGUUUACUCGUGGCCUGACCUAAAAAAAAAAGUUUUUACAUUUCUUUUUUAGAAUUUCGCAUUUUCUGACAUCUUCCCUUUCUGACUUUAAAAACACAUGGCUUUUAAAAUAAGCUAUUCUUUGGGCCCCUGUUGAGUAACUGUCACAUAUGUGUCUCUUUUAGUGUUUUGAAUCAGCGAGGCUUAGCGGUGCUCCGGACUCUGGCAGUCUGCAGCAGACCCGCUUUUGCCUUGAAAUUCUUGCACGUGCAAAUAUAACUUGAAUACAAUCACUUGUUUGCUCGAUCUUAAGAGCUUGUUCUAUUUAGCCCCUUCCAGUGUAGUUUGCUUGUUUGUGUUUUUUUGUUUGUUUGUUUUGGGAUAUGUAUCAAAGCAGAAUAUGCUUAAAAUAUGAGGAAAAUGCCCAGUCUAUAUGCAUUUCUUUAUAUUGAAUAUUUAUCCUUUAGUGCGUUUUCUGUAAAAUGUACCAUGUUGUUGUUGUUUUUUUUUGUUUUUUUUACAUAUUUCUGCUUACAUUUUUAUAUGUUCUGUUGCCGGGAACUCUUGGUUGACGGACAGAUUGACAAAGACAUGUAGCGGAGAGAGGCAGCAGCAUGCCUUACUAAUAGCAGGUGCAGGGAGGCACUGUGAAGCCAGCCUUAACACAGCCCUGGGGUUGAGGGAAGUUUUAUUUUUUUAUUAUUAUUAUUUUUUCUCUUACCCACGUCAUUUGGUAGCCGCUGGAACCCCUUUUUGUUUCGAGCUAUCAGAUCAAUCCAGCUGGGGUGUGUUGGAAUACUGUAUAUUCCCAGUCAUACUUUGUUUUUAUUUUACUAUGCUUUUUUAAAAACAGGUUGCAUUCAUAUGGUCCUGAAAGAGUAUUCAAAAUGCGAUUUCUGGUUACUAGUAGAUUUUAUUAUAUUUUAGCCCCUUAAAGCCAGUUGAUUGGCAAAAAUAUAUAUACACACAAAUAUAUAUAUAUAUAUCCACAAAGAGACGUCAACAUUCCAUAAAUUUCCUUUAACAGUUCAUUUUUCAGAAGAUUAGUUGCAUCUUUGACGCAUCCCUUCUCACCCCUUGCGUCAGUGCAUAGAUGGAGCUUCGCACCGCUGCACAGAUAAAUCGCGGAAUUGCCCUUUAAAGAAAAAACUAUUGAUGUCAGCUGCACUGCAAUAAGCAGAAUUAAAUGAUGGGUUGUUUCCGAGUGCUUCUCUUGAUAGGAAAGGGGAUUCCUGGAUAUGGAAAAAGUUUGCAUGCUCUUCUGUUUGUGGAGCUUGCUUUCAUUAUUUUUUGGCGUCUGUUUGCAUUUGAUCACUUUUCGCUAAAUCCCAGACGUGGUUUAUUCCCAUCUACGUUUUACGCUCUGGUUCGAGUGUUAGGAAGCAUACGCGGACAUAUCAGGUGGUCGGAUAAGUGGGGUGGGCUUUGAGGGGGUUCCACUAAAUAGGGUCAAGAUUACAAAGCACUUACUGUACUAUAUAGGAGUUUGCUUCUUUCUUGUUUGUUUUUUUUAUAUGAAGGAGCAUCUCCUGAUUUGAAGCUCUUGAAGUUGAGUAAAAACCGCACAGCUGUGUAUCCCCCCUUUUCCUCAAUGUCCAGUCCUACAUCUUGUCCUGUCACAUUCUUUUACAGUUUUUAUGCUGUCUUUGUUUAUCUGUUGAUAUGUCUGAUCUCUCUUCUCAUUUUUCCACUUGUUCUCCUUCCUCUACCCAUUUUUUUUUUUUUUAAAUUUUGUUAGACCCAUCAAUGGAUAUGGUCAUCAAGAAGCUAUUUUUUUUUUUUUUUUUUUUUUUUUGUAAAGAGAAACGUUUUGGGGAUAAAGAGGCUCGUGCCUUUGUAAAGACAGAAUAAUAAAGUUUGUACUUUGUUUUGUAAA